UUGGCCUGAGCCAGACUUUGUCCGCUGACGGUAGAGAGAUAUUGCUGAUCGAUUGGACAGAGAGCAGACAGUUGGACUGCCAACUCGCCGCUCGUCACAUCAUCAUCGAUAGGGAGACACAGCGUGCCAAAGGGCGCAGGUGCAGCGACGAUGACGUUGAGCAUGGCUGACAGCGGGGUUGCUCCUGUUUUGUCGUCGCUUGCCAGGUCGCGCGCGCGUUUUGGAUGAGACGAAGUGCGCUGGCACGCCUCCCACCUCGUCAUUCCUCGGCUAUCAGGGUCAAGCCACAGACUGCCGCAGCCCUCUACACGCCUGUCGCAUCAACAUCGAUCGACAGCAAAGGCAAGGGACAAACAAGCAUCACAGCCUCCAUCGCUGCUUCUGUCUCGUCCGAAGCUAAUGAGGAUCAUGCGGACGCUCGUGCUGCGCCUCUGCCCGCCUUGAGCGACUACCGGGCCAACCUCAACGACAUGCAAUUGCGCGCCGUCACCCAUGAUCUCGUUCCCCUUCAGAUCCUUGCAGGGCCAGGCUCAGGCAAGACGCGCGUGCUGACGUGCCGCGUCGCACACUUGCUCAGGCAUUAUCGGCUGCCUCCUGAUCGGAUCGUCGUCGUCACAUUCACGAACAAGGCCGCUAGAGAGAUGCGGGACCGUCUCACCAGGCUUGUGGGCAAGGCGGUGACGGAUAAACUCGUCAUGGGCACUUUCCACUCAGUCGCAGUUCGCUUUCUUCGUCGAUUCGGCCAGAGGAUCGGCCUGGCGAAAGACUUUUCGAUCGCCGACGAGGACGAUUGCAUGAGGUACAUCCGAGCCUCCCUCAAAUUGCACACAAAGGACGUCGACAGGCAUUCGAUGAGCGCUAAUCUCAAGCCCGGUACGGUACGCUCACUGAUCAGUAAGGCCAAGACACGUUGCCUCGAUGCAGAACGAUACGAAGCGGAAGUGAGAGCAAAGAAACCUCUGCAAGAGGAUCUUCUGCUCGUCGCAAGAGUCUUUGCCGAUUACGAGACAAAGCUCCAGGAGGUUGGCGCGCUCGACUUUGACGAUCUGCUCAAUUUCUGCUUGCAUCUCUUUCUCAGAUAUCCUGCAGUCACCGAAGGCAUUCGGCAUACCUUGGUCGAUGAGUUCCAAGACACCAACACUGUACAAUAUCAGCUCGUCAAGCAUAUGGCUCGAAAAGCUCGUGUGCUCACGAUUGUCGGCGAUCCUGAUCAGUCCAUCUAUGGCUGGCGAGCAGCUGAGAUCAAGAACUUGAGGCUCAUGCAAGGCGACUUUGAGAGCACGGCCAAGAUCUUUCUCGAGCAGAACUAUCGUUCGACCUCGGCCAUUUUAGCCAGCGCGAUGGCUGUCAUCUCUCAAGGCGCGUCAGAUGGGUCUCGACCGAUCUGGGCUGACACUCGUUUGCUGCUUGCAGAUACUGCACGAGAGCCGAAGCAUCUUUAUACCGAUCGCGAUGCGGGGCCAAGCAAUGUAUAUACUCGCCUGCCGGACGCGAAUGCAGAGGCGGAAUACAUCGUCAAGGAGAUCCGCAAGCUCGUCGCAUGGACGGGUGGCCUACUCGACUAUGAUGACUUUGCGAUUUUGCUGCGCAUGAACAGCUUGUCUCGUCAGCUCGAAAUGGAGCUCAAGGCACAGCGAGUGCCUUAUCGCAUGGUCGGCGGCCCAAAGUUUUUCGACCGUCAAGAAGUCAAAGACAUCCUCGCUUACUUGCUGCUUGCAAACAACGCCAACAACGCUUCAGCCUUCAGCCGUGUCAUCAAUACGCCAUCGCGGGGCAUCGGUCUCAAGUCGGCACAGUGGAUUGAAGAACACGCUUCGGCCCGAAAGAUAUCGCCCUUCGAGCUGACGCGACUCGCCGUGACCAAAUCGGUCAAGCUAGGCAAGUCGUUUGUCGAGCUCAUUCAAGACCUCGAGCUCCUUGCUGCCGAAGGCACCAGUGUUGCCGAUCUCAUCGAUGCUAUAGUAGACAAAACGCGUUAUCUUGACUAUCUCGAGAAGCAACACGGCCAAAAGGAUGCCAAGGCGGGGGUGAAAUCAGAGGACGUGGAGAAUCGAAAAGCCAACAUAGAAGAGUUGAAAGCCUUUGCUGCCACUUUCAAGGCGCCAGAGGGAGACCAGGGUCUCACAGGAGUACACGAGGAGAUACGGACAAGAACGAUCAAGAGGGAAAGAAGCCGGUGCCAAUGGUGACAGUGUCAACUGUGCAUGCCGCUAAGGGACUCGAGUGGCCCUGUG